AUGGGAACCGGAAUCGGAAUCAGAACAGAAUCGGACUUUUGCAGUGAUUUGCCACACUUUUCAGUCCCCAGAGGGUUCAGUUUGCGAUCUCCCUUGAGUUUUGAUCGAGGAGUUUGGUUGUGGGGUUUUGCAGUUGCAGGAGGAGAAGAUGAAAGUCAACAUCUUGCGUGGCAUGCUGUCGCUUCAUGGACAUGGGAUGCACAAGACGAAACAUGUGGGAUUUGUAGGAUGGCAUUUGAUGGUUGUUGUCCCGAUUGUAAACUCCCUGGGGAUGAUUGCCCGCUAAUUUGGGGCGCAUGCAACCAUGCUUUCCAUCUGCAUUGCAUCUUAAAAUGGGUAAAUUCACAGACGUCUCAGGCGCAUUGCCCCAUGUGCCGCAGGGAGUGGCAAUUCAAAGGAUGAGAGAAAAAAAUUGAAAUCACUUUUAGGGAAUUCUUGCUUACUCGCUCCCUCAUCAAGUGCAGGUUUGCAAACGUUUGAUUGUAUACUGGUUGAUGUAAAUUAUGACCACCUUAUAUCUGUUGUGUAUUGGAUGAUGUGUGCUGAAGUAACUCCGUCUUGAGGCGUAACUUCUCAAUCGUUCUUUGUAUCCCUCCGUAAAAGUGAACAUGAAUCAGUAGAGCUUUUUACUCA